AUUUUAAAAAUAUCAACCAUUGGAGUCAAUUUGGUAUUCAAGGACCUAAACCAGUGCCUAUAAUAGGAAAUAUUGUUGCAAUUUUGAAAGCAAAAUAUGAUAUACCCUGGUCUAAACAAUAUGGCAAAUCUGGUUUCUAUGGUCUAUUUGAAUUUGACACACCGGUGCUUACUGUAUGCGAUUUUCGAAAUGCCCACCAUGUCCUAGUGAAACAUUUUGAAACAUUUACUAGACUUGAUUUUGAUUAUCCCGAAGCUAUGGUAAAAGUGGGCAGUUUUGUUAAUACCGAUUCUACCCGUUGGAAACGUAUACGCAUAGAAACAGCAGUAUUGUUUACCAGCCGUCGGAUGCGUGUAUUCUACGACAAUGUUAUCGAUAAGUGUUCUGCAAAUUUGGUCAAACAUUUCGAUAAAAAUAUCGGUUACGGCAAACCGUUUGCUGUCAAAGCUGAAACUGAACGCUUAACUUUAGACAUUUUCCUUGGCUACGCCCUAUCACAGGCCAGUCAUAUGGGUAACUAUACUGAUACUGAACAGAACCGGCAGUAUUGGUCAAUGAUGGCGGCCGGUGUACGACUGGACGAUGAACUGAAAUGGAGAGAACUGAUUGUCCGUAUGCCUUGGUUUGUCCAAAAGUUGGCCAACUGGGCUACGGGUGUCGAUUUGGACAAAUCGUUCGGUGAAUUAGAACGACUGAUCAGCGGCUAUGUUGUCCAGAGAUUAGAAAACGGCCAAAACGGUAGCGCCGACACUAAUGAUGAUGACGAUGGCGACUACAACAAUGAUAAAUAUAGUGGUAACGAAAAUCUAGAUAUUGUCGGUAUUUAUUUGAAAUUAAUUGAUGGAAAAGUUAGUGUAUCGGAUCCGUUGGCUAUUCAAGUGAUGUCCUACUAUUUGAUUGUCCAGUUUAUAGCCUUAUUUGGCAGUACUAGCGACGCACUGUGCGAAAUAGUCAUGCAUUUGGCCCGUUAUCCCAGUGUCCAACAAAGACUAUACGCCGAAAUAGUGGAGGCAUUAGAKAACGGGGAGUACUUGGAUGGAGAGGACGGAGAGGAUAGUCGACGGAAAAUAUCGUACGAUGCGCUGACACACUUGCCAUACAUGGAAGCCGUAAUUAAAGAGUCGUUCCGUAUAAAUCCCAAUGCCGUACGAUUGCGUCGGGUAUUUGCCGGCAGUCCGGACAGCGAAGCCGCAAAAGUAUUUCCCGGUUACCAAUUGCAACAGGGUGAUCGUAUUGAUAUUUCCGUAUCGGCCAUACAUAUGUCCGACGAACUAUUUCCCGAUCCGUACGAAUUUUAUCCCGACCGAUUUUUGGAUCCCGACAAUAUUAAUCGCUGGUCUAAUUUGGACGCCAAUGCACUGUUGUCUUUUGGCCUGGGACCGCAAAUGUGUUGCGGCAAUCGGCUGGCAAUUUUGGUGGUCAAAUCAUUUUUGUCGCAUAUGAUCUACAAUUAUMAGUUUUGUUUGCCGCAAAUCGAUGAUCUUUAUCGGCCAAAAUUGUGUGAAGCACACGACAUACCCAUCAAUAUCUAUCAAUUGAAAUGCUGUAUUCAACAUAGAAUUCAAAAAUAAUUCAAUAGAAAAAAUAUGGGUUGAAAAUAGGGUAAAAUAAAGGGGUG